GGGGCCCGGGCUCCGCAGGUGAAGCCGCCGAUGGAGCGGGGGCCGCGGCCCUGAGCCCCCCCCGGGGGGGCCUCCCCGCGCCCCGCCGCAAAGCACCUUAAAGAUGGACAUAGAAGACUGCAAUGGCCGAUCUUACAUAUCCGGGUGAAGAGGGGGAUCGGAGCCGGACCGUGUGCAGAUUUAGAAGCAGCAAAGGUAGAGGAGGUUCCCUCGUCUCUUGGCGAGCCCGGUGAGCUGUGGGGCUGGGAGCCGGGAUGAGUGGCUCAGUGGGGUCGCAGGGCAUGGAUUGAAGCCCGUUAGGAGGUGAAGAGGAUCCCAGCGGCUCCGAGGAGCGGCUGCGGUGACCAGGAGUUGGAGAGUGGCCAGAGCUGCUCAGGCAGAAAUCCAUGUUACAGAAAUCCUGUUACAGCCCACCCAUCCAACGCGGCUCCUCCUCGGAGUUUCUGUGUGCUGCUGCUCCUGUGAGGAUUUCCUCUGCUUUCGGAGGAUCCCUGCUCGGAAUUAGGUGCUUGGCUCCCCUUGAGGUGCUCGCUGCAGUUUGUCGCUUGGGUUGGGUUGCCAGGAUGGCUCCACUGAAUAACAAAACACUUCCCUGGAGCUGGUGGAUCGCGCUGUGCCAGGGCUUCCUCAGCCUCACUUGGCUUUCUGCCCCGCGGAGCCGCGUCUGACUUGGUCUGGGCUGGAUCAGCAACCUGUUCUCCUGCCCUCACCGCGGGAUCCUGCUCUCCCUGCACUCCAAUCCUCUCCUUGGGAUGCCGAGCGCCCUCGGAGGCCGGCCUCGUGCUGCCUGUCCAUGUCAGAGGCUGCCAGAAGGCUGGGGGUGUUCUCAGCUGCCCCUGCUGCCUGCGACAGCCCAGGUGCAUCCAAAGCAGCGCGGCCAGCAGGGAGGGAGGGGAUUCUGUUCCUCUCUGGGAGACCUUAUCUGGAGGAUUGGGUCCAGUUCUGGAAUCCUCAACAUAAGAAGGAGAUGGAGCUGCUGGAAUGGGUCCAGAGGAGGCUCCAAGGAUGCUGCAAGGGUUGGAGAACCUCCUGUGCAAGGACAGGCUGAGAGAGUUGGGGUUGUUCAGCCUGGAGAAGAGAAGGCUCCGAGGAGAUCUCAUAGCGACCUUCCAGUACCUGAAGGGGCUCCGGGAAAGCUGGAGAGGGGCUGUUCAUAAAGGCUGUGGGGAUGGGACGAGGGGGAACGGGGAUGAACUGGAGAGGGGCAGAGUUAGACUGGACAUGAGGAAGAACUUCUUCCCCAUGAGGGUGGGGAGGCCCUGGCCCAGGUUGCCCAGGGAAGCUGUGGCUGCCCCAUACCUGGAGGCGUUCCAGGCCAGGUUGGAUGGGCCUUGGGCAGCCUGAUCUGGUGGGAUGUUGGAAUUGGAUGAUCUUUAAGGUCCCUUCCAACCCAAACUAUUCUAUGAUUCUUUCCCCCCUCUUUUAUCUGGGUGCCUGGGAGCAGGAUUAACCACUGAGCUUCUUGGAUAACUGGGCUGCAGACAGACGAACCAUCUCUUGUGCGACGUACAGGUUUCCACUUGUUUUUUUAGAGCAAACAACGUGACCCAGUAUUUCCUGAACUCUCCAGGCUGAGAAAUUAUUGGGGAGGGAGAUUGCGGACGGGCUGUCGACGCUUUGGCGCUGGCUGCUCCCAGGGGUGGGAUCGUGCUUCAGCUGCCUGCCUGCCUUCCCGGGGCUCCGAGCCAUCGCGGGAGCUGCUCUUGGGGUUCCAGUGUCGGCCCCGCUGCUGCACGGAGGUAAAAACCCCGGCCCCGUGUCUGGGAGGCUUUCCAGAGCGGGGAUCCUGGCUGAGUCCGUGCGGUUCCACGUGGGUUCGAUGCUGAUCCCUCUCGGGUAGCAGAGGCACUCGGCACGACGAAGGUUUGCACCGGCCUCACACCAGGAUUGGCUCUGUUGUCCUUUGGGGCUUCCAGGCAGGAGGCUGGGGAUGGGUUGGGAUUAGAAGGAUCUUGUGGGAUCCAGAGGAGGAGCUGAGCUGUGAGUUGGAAACAGGAUGCCGUGCCCUGCCUUUAGACUUGAAGGGAGUGCGGAGAAUCCGAGGGGUUUUCUCCUUAAAGUGUAAAUUAGUUUGGGGUUUUUAAUCUUUCUUCGACGCAUCGGAGACUGGCAGCAGGAUCUUCCCGCUGUCAGCAUUCCCUGGAUGCUCUGGUAGUGAGCCCUGAUCCCACCUUCGGGGUUAACUGGGACCCAGGGGACUUUUAAGGGUAGGAACAGCGUCUUGAGGUGAGCUCACCUGGAAACGCUUCCUUACGGUGCCCUGCAGCUCCGGCGUGAGGCCGUGGGCUCCGGCUCUUUGGUACGGAUAUGCCAGUGUACGCCGUGUUGGGAAAACGGGAGGUGCCACUCGGGGCUGAGCGUCUGCUCCAGAGCUGCCGGGCUGUGCCGGGAGCUGACUCUGGAUGCACUGGGAAGCUGCGGGAGUUUAACAGGAGACAUUUCUUCUCUGGUUCUGGAGCUGAGGACGAGGGCUUUGGUGUCCCCAUCCCAUAUGGAUGCAGGAGGCUCGGAACCCCAAUCAGCUGAUGUUGAUGAUGCCAAUGCCGUUCUCCCUCCAGUCAUCGGAAUCCCCCCCCCAAUACUCCGUGUCCCGUGCCUGGUUGUGGAGCCCGUGGGCAGCAGCUGCGUUGCGAGGGCGGAGCAGAGACCCUGCAGCAUCCCUGCUCCCAUCCCUGCUCCCAUCCCUGCCCACUCUCUCCCCAGAGCAUCAUCCCCCGCCGGCUCCGUACUGCUCCAAGCUCUCCGAAGGCCACGGCCGCGUGUCCGCGCUCCGGGGAGCGGUGCAGCCCUGGUUCCCGCUCGCCCUGCCACUUGACUGUAAAAUGACGGUCGUUUCCCUCGCUUCCAGGAAUCUGCUCUUCCUGGAAGGUGAGUGGCUGCGUGCGCCCUGCCAGCGACGCAGACAUGCACGCGCAGCCGGGGCUCCAGCGCUGUUUCCAAGGAGUUGGCUGUGAUAACACUCCAGGGUAUCUCCAGCAAGGCAGUGGGGAUUCCUCUCUGGAGAAGGAGUUCAGCUCGGCGAUCGUGGGACCCACGGUGAGCACUCCCAACAGCCAGCACUCCUCCCCGAGCCGCUCUCUCAGCGCGAACUCCAUCAAAGUGGAGAUGUACAGCGAUGAGGAGGGCAGCCGGCUGCUGUCGCAGGACGAGCGGAUGCUGGAGAAGGAGGAUAGCGUCAUUGUGGAGGACUCGCUCUCGGAGCCCCUGGGCUACUGUGACGGGACGGGCCAGGAGCCGCACUCGCCCGGCGGCAUUCGCCUGCCCAACGGCAAACUCAAGUGCGAUAUCUGCGGGAUGGUUUGCAUCGGCCCCAACGUGCUGAUGGUGCACAAACGCAGCCACACCGGAGAAAGGCCUUUCCACUGCAACCAGUGCGGAGCUUCCUUCACCCAGAAGGGAAACCUCCUGCGCCACAUCAAGCUUCACUCCGGCGAGAAGCCCUUUAAGUGUCCCUUCUGCAACUACGCCUGCCGCAGGAGGGACGCGCUCACCGGCCACCUGCGGACACACUCCGUCUCCUCCCCCACGGUCGGCAAACCCUACAAGUGCAACUACUGCGGCCGGAGCUACAAGCAGCAGAGCACGCUGGAGGAGCACAAGGAGCGCUGUCACAGUUACCUGCAGAGCCUCAGCACGGAGCCGCAGCCACUGCCCGGCCAGCAAGGUGACGAGAUGCGAGACCUGGAGAUGGUGCCGGACUCCCUGCUUCACCCCUCGUCCGAUCGGCCGACGUUUAUCGACCGGUUGGCCAACAGCCUCACCAAACGGAAGCGAUCGACACCUCAGAAAUUCGUGGGGGAGAAGCAGAUGCGAUUCACCCUCUCCGACCUCCCCUUCGACGUGAACUCCGGCUUCGAGAAGGACGUGGAGAUGGUGUCGGCCCACCACCCCCUGGACCCCUCCUACGGCAGCUCCCUCUCCAUGAUGGGGGGGGAGCACCUCCGCCCCCUCCGGCUGCCCCCCACAAACUGCAUCUCGGAGGUCACCCCCGUCAUCAGCUCCGUCUACACCCAGAUCCAACCUCUGCCGGGCCGGCUGGAGAUGCCGGCGAGCCGGGAAGCUGCCGAGGGGCACGAGGAUGUGCCGGACGGGGUGCCAGUAGUAUUCCGGGGCCGGGAACAAGGCGCCUCGCCCACCAACGGCUGCCAGGACUCGACGGACACGGAGAGCAACCACGAAGAGCGGAGCUCGCAGCUGCCGACGGGGAACUGCGCCAGCAGCCGCCAGAGCCCAGCCUACGCCAAAGAGGACCCCAAGGUGCCGGAGGGGCCCCCGGCCGCCCGUUCCACCCCCAGCGCCGCCAAAGAAGCCCUGCGGGUGCUGAACGAGGACGGGGAGCAGAUCAGGGCCUUCAAGUGCGAGCACUGCCGCAUCCUUUUCCUGGACCACGUCAUGUUCACCAUCCACAUGGGCUGCCACGGCUUCAGAGACCCUUUCGAAUGCAACAUCUGUGGCCACCACAGCCAGGACCGGUACGAGUUCUCCUCCCACAUAGUGCGGGGCGAGCAUAAAGUCGGCUAAAAAAAAAAACCCCUUUUCCCUCCUCCUCCCUGUCCCGCUCCGCUCCUCCUCUGGCUCUGGCUCGGCCCCUCCAACCCUCCGGGCGCGGAACUGUUGGUUUUUCUUUUCUACUCCUUUGCACUGACUUUGGCUACAAAAAUAUUUAAAAAAAAAAAAUCAAUAACUAAAAAAAAACCAAAAAAACAAAAAAAAAAACAACAAAAAACCACAAACUGGCCCCGGCGAGGGGAGCUCUUAACGAUUUGCCUUUUUAUAAACGGAGUUAUUUAAGUAUUAACAGACUUUUUUGUGCUUUUCCCCCCCCUCCUCUCACCUCCCUCCGUUAUUUAUUGAGCUUUUUAGUUGCUCUUUUUAUAAAUCUCUUUAUUUUUACCCCCCCCCUUCCCUCAAAAGUCUCACUUGAAUUUCUGAGACUCCUCUGAGCUCCGAGCCCUUUCCUUGGUGCGAGCCCGGCGUCGCCGUUGGCGCUCGCGGCCGACUCGAACCUCACAUUCGGUGCUAUAAUCCCACGGGAUUCCUCGCUCCGUUGGCCGUGACCCCCUUCCCCCCGAGCUUUAAGGAGUUCAAAUCACGGAGCGUAAAGCAGGAAUCCCCUUCUCCCGCCGUGUCCGGAGCCCCCGGGGGCAACGGGGGCCGCGACAUCCGGCUUAAAUGAAGGAACCGCGAGCCAGGGCCGUGGCGAGCGGCCGGGCGACGGCGUCUCCUCCUCCUUGGCACAGGCCAGUACCUCCAGCCCGCGCUGCUGCUCCACCAGACCCCCAGCCCGGACCCCCCGGUUGCUCCCGCCGGCGUUCCCGGUGAUCGGCACGGUCUCCCCAUGGUCCAGUGUGGUUUCUCUCUUGCUCGCACGGGACCGGAGCUUUGCCGUCGCUCCUGCUGGGCUCGCAGGGGCCGAUUGCCAGCCGGUUUUCCGGAGCGAGACUUCCAGACGAGUCCGGAGUUGGGGAUCCCCCAGGAUGGUUUCCACGCCAGAAGGGAUUUACGGGGCCGAGGCACGGCCGCUAGAACCAAAAAUGAAGUGUGAGCCGGGGGGGGGCUGUUGUGGCCAAACCGUUGGCCGCUCGGUGGCUCCCGAGGCAGCGGGGACCCCCCCCCCCGGGACCCCACUUCCCAGCCAGGCUGCAUAACCCACCCCUCAGCCGCCCCGGGCGCUCCUGAGGUCCAAACCAAAGGUUGAUCCUUUUUCUACGGACACAAACGCAACACCUCAGCGGCGGCCGCUCCGCUGCCCCAACGCCCUGCCCUUCCUUACCAACCAGUUUCAUUCCCUCGUCUCCCGCUUUCCCACCGCCGGCGUGGGGCGAGCGGACGGCGCAGCCGGGGCUCAGCUCCCCCCUUCCCGGCGGGACAACCUGAACCCCGAGCACGACAAAAAAAAAACCCUAAAAAGGGUUUUGAUUCUUUCCUCCCGAGCUGCGAUGGAGGCUUUGCCCCUUUCUCACCGCUCUGGGGUUUGGGUUUGUUUUUUUUUUUUCCUUUUCCGUCUCUUUUUCUUUUUUUGCUGUCAAAGAGUCUAAACCGAAAAUGUAGAAAUUUUGUAACCCUCCCGGUCGCUUUUCCCUGUAAAUAUCUCUAUUUUUUAAUCAGAUGUCUGAACAAACGAGGAUGUGCAAUACCCCGACCCCGUCGCCCUCCCGAACGAGUUUUCAGUUGUAGAGCGUUCAUGGCUUUGCUGUCGUCUUUGUUUUUCCCCCUUUUUCGUGAGGUUCCACUCGCUUUUGGACACCCCCCCCUCCUCUUUGU